UUUCACAUGUGCGUGUCCCGGUUUCGGAAAUUCUUUUAUGAAAAGACACUUUUCUCCGCGAAGACCAAGAUUCUCUCUUCAAUCUUCAUUGCACUUUUUCACCCGUUUCCACUGUCUAAACCUUUCUUCUCUUCCUUUCGCUUCUCUUCUAAGUUCUAACUUCUCUCUAGGCAACUCCCUUUCGAUCCAUGCGUUGUUUUUCCCCCCUCUAUUUCUUCAAGAACUGUUGCAAUUCAAAAGGCAAAGCUUUUCUUUUUAUUGAUCAUUUUGUGAUUGGACUUCAGGACAAAGGUAACUGUUUCUGUUAUUAAAGAAAGGAGAAAGAUGGACGCUAUAAGGAAGCAAGCUAGCAAAUUAAGGGAACAAGUUGCAAGGCAGCAACAGGCUAUACUUAGACAACUAGGCCAAAUCAGCAAUGAACCGCUCAUGACAGAUGAAUCCGAACUUGAAUGUCAUGAAAAACUCAGAAAGUUAUACAAUUCAACAAAGACUGCUAAGCAUUUUCAGCGGCAUAUUGUUCGUGGAAUUGAAGGUUUGAUCUCUGUUAGUUCCAAGCAAAUGGAGAUAGUGAGGAAGUUGGCUAAGGACUGCUGUAAGUAUGGCACUGAGAAUCAAGGGGCUGACUACCCUCUGGCAGGGCCUUCUCUUCAAUUCGGUAACUCAUAUGAAACAUUGGAAAAUGAGAGAGAGACUUUGCUUGGGAUCCUAGGUGAUCAGAUCUCUGAGCCAUUGCGAGCACAAAUAACUGGCGCUCCUUUGGAGGAUGCGCGCCACCUCACGCAUCGCUAUGACAAACUUCGUCAAGAAGUAGAAGCCCAGGCUGCUGAAGUUUUGAGGCGUCGAUCAAAGUUGAGGGAUACUUCUGUGUCUGCAGAAAAUUCCAUGAGGCUUCAAACUGCAGAAACAAGGCUGAAAGAGCUUAAAUCCGCCUUGACGGCACUUGGUAGGGAAGCAACCACUGCUAUGUUGUCAGUUGAAGAACAACAGCAACAAGUAACCCUCCAGAGCCUUUGUACAAUGGUUGAUGCUGAGAGAGCCUAUCAUCGAAAUGCCCUUGUUAUUCUAGAGAAACUAUAUACUGAGAUGAUUGAUGAGAGACAUCCAAAAGAGUCUUCUUCAUUUCCACCACCAAGAGUUGGGCAUAAUCAACCUACGAAUGAGAAUGCUAAUUCAAAUGGCGUUGAUCAUAAACAUAACAAUCAAACAGGAACAUUCUUUUUUGCUAAGGUCAUACAUCCUUUUGAUGCUCAAGCCGAGGGAGAAUUGAGCCUAUCAGUUGAUGAUUAUGUUGUAGUUCGUCAGGUUGAUCGGAAUGGAUGGUCUGAAGGAGAAUGCAAGAGCAAUGCUGGAUGGUUUCCCUCUGCCUAUGUACAGAGACAAGACAUAAUACCAGCCAGCAAGAUAGCGGAAGUAGAAUAACAUCAAGUCAGUGCAACCUUUGGUCUUUUGAUUAGGUGAGGCAAAAAUUGUAUAUUUUUUUUUUAAUCACGGAAUAGGUCUAUUUGGAAAGCCAUAUAGCAUGUGUUUGCAAGUAUUUUUGGGUGAUUUUGUAAUUUGUGCAGUAUGAUGUAUAAGUGGGCAUAUAAAUUAUGAUAGGAAAUAGCAAUUUUAAUAUGUAUAUUGAUGUAUCUUUGGUAUUUUCUUAGGGGUGGAUAAAUUUUAAAUCACCUUGACCUUUUUCUAUAGGAUGAAAAUAUGGUUGUAUUAAGAAUCUUCAAAUGUAUCAAU